CCAGGCGCCCCCCACCCCGGCCAUGGUGUCGGCGGUGCUGGCCCUGGCCUUCGUGCCGCUGCUGCUGACGCUGCUGCUGCGCUCCCGGCACCUCCUGGCGCUGCUGCUGCGCGCGGUGCUGCUGGGCUGGCUGCGGGAUCGGCUCAGCGGGGUGCCCCGCGAGCAGCGCGCCUUCCAGUACCUGCUGGCCAACGCCGUCCCCGGAGACCCCCGCCACGUCCUCAGCACCUUCGACCGCUGGAGCCAGCGCUGCGAGCACCUCAGCUGCGUGGGGCCGGUCAAAGGCCAGCUGCUGGAGCGGCUGCUGUGCGAGCGGGCCCCACGCACCGUGCUGGAGCUGGGCACCUACUGCGGCUACGGCACCGUGCUGCUGGCCAACGCCAUGCCCCCCGGCGCCCGCCUCUACACCGUGGAGCCCGACCCCCGGCACGCCGCCGUGGCCGAGAAGGUGAUCCGCCUGGCCGGCUUCGCCGACGAGAAGGUGAGCGGCACAGUGCUGGGGAGCCCCCCGGCACCACGCUGGCGAGGGGCUGGCGAGGAAGUGGAGCUGAUCGUGGGCCCCUCGGCGGAGGUGAUCCCGCGGCUGCGGGAGCGGCACGGCUUGCAGCGAGCCCAGUUCGUCUUCAUGGCCCACUGGAAGCGCUGCUACCUGCGGGACCUGCGGCUGCUGGAGGAGCACGGGCUGCUGGCCGAGGGGGCCACGGUGCUGGCCGACAACGUGCUCUUCCCCGGGGCGCCUCGUUUCCUGCAGUACGCCCGCAGCUGCGGCCGCUACCGCUGCCGGCUGCACCGAGCCAGCCUGGAGUACUGCCCCGCCAUCCCCGCCGGCGUGGCCGAGCUGCGCUACCUGGGCCCGGGCUGA